CAAGGAUACCCUUGAUGUGUCUUGGGGACUGUACAUAACCAGGCCCCGAAUGGGCAUUUGUGUACCGGACCAAUGUUCACCGCCCGAGGUCGGCAGGAUCCUCCAGGCAGUGUCUGCAAAGUUUCUAUUUGGUUCCACUCUUCUCGGCUGUGAGGUUCGCGAGGUUGCAACGUUGAACCACUCGCAAAUCGCGUCAAUAGUUGUUCUUGGCUUGUUCGUCGUAACUGUUUUGACUGCGACUUUCUUUGACAUCGUAUUGGGCUACACAAAGGAGAAGAAAAUAUCCAUAGAGAAGUCAGGCGAACAUCUACCAUCGUUCCUGAAAUUGUCGCUGCCGCGGGCUACCAGCAAGCUGUUUAAAGUUGGAAAUUCUAAAACAAGUCUCAAGGUAUUCAACGGCCUGCGGAUAUGUGGCGUCUUUUGGGUGGUCACUUUCCAUACGUACGUUUAUCCGGACAUCGGCACAUACCGUUCUCUGAGAGAGCUGCAAAAGAAUGCUGUUUACAUUCCGUUCCAGUUUGUUAACAACGCUUGGCUUUGUGUUGACAUGUUUUUCUUCAUCAGUGGAUUCCUAAUAGUGUAUAACCAAAGAAAGAUCCCAGCGAAGAUUUCUUUAUGUCGUUAUUAUGUGAAAAGCUUGAUUCAACGAUAUUGGAGACUUAUACCACUGGCCAUUCUGGUGAUGCUGAUACUGUUCCUGGAGCCGUUGUUUGGGUCUGGUCCUAUCUGGAAAGAAAAAAUUGAUGCCCAAGUACACAACUGUGAGCUGCGCUGGUGGUCGGUGCUUGGAGGAUUCUCUAACUUUUUUCACGUCGACGACACGUGCAUUGUGCAUUACUGGUACAUCAGCGCUGAUCUCCAAAUUUAUGCAGCGGCUGUGGCGUUGUCCCUCCUAUCCAUAAAGAAGAAGAGGCUUAGCAUCAUGCUAAUGCUCUUCUGCCUUCUUGCAUCGAUGGCUGCGGUAGGAGUCCAGACAUACCUCAAUGAAUAUCCACCAACAAUGUUUGUAUUCGCCAGAGACGCCAAGUUCGCUCUCAUAAUGAACCGCUGGGUGUACCUGCUGCCGCAUACACACGUCGGCCCGUACUUCAUUGGUGCGCUUACGGCCUUUGCCUACGAGCGUUACCGAGAAUCCAAGAUUCCUGUGCUGCUGCAGUUAGUCCUCUGGGCGUUGUCUCUACUGUUCAUCGGAGCAUCGCUUUUUGCCGCUGCUCCGUGGAGCAUGGGGGACUUGCCUACUCUGGAGGUGACCCUCGCCUAUGCCACCACGCACCGCGUCGCCUGGGCCCUGGGGCUGGCCUGGAUUGUGUUUGCCUGCAUUACGGGAAGAGGAGGCGUGAUCGACUCACUGCUAUCCUGGGAUGCCUUGGUUCCACUCGGGAAGAUGUCUUAUUCAAUAUAUUUGGUGCACGCGUACUUCGUAUUUUACAAGGCCUGGACGAUUAGACAACGCAUAGAGAAUCACCACUUCCAAAUUAUGUCGUCAGCUAUUUCCAAUUUCAUGAUGGCUACAGUCGCGGGCUACCUGGUCUACGUGUUUCUCGAACAGCCCUUGGUGUUUGCCUGGGACUUGGCCAACACUUGGACGAGCAGGCGGGUGAACAAGCAUACCAAAGAAGUGGAGGUGCCAACCAACCUUGAAAAGAACAAUGGCACUCUUUCGGUGGUUGAGUCGGAGGAUCCGCCACAUUGCAGAGGAUAAAAGGGCUUUAAUACUGCUCCUUUCUCAUAUAAAUCUGGGCUUCAAGAAAAACGUCUUCUUGUCGCUAGCAGCAGUCGCCAAAACCUCGCCUAGAGUCUAUUCAGAAGGCAUGAAGCGCCAUGAGGAUUAAGAGUUCAGUGGCAUUUAUUGUAAAUCCAGUCAUAACACGCAUCAGAACAUCAUCUCAGUCGCUAGAACCUUUCUGAAUCAUUCAUAUGCCAAGGAAUUUUUCAGUGAAAGCUGCAGGCACUUUCACUAAAUUACUUCUUCUGGAGGUGUCACAGAUGCUUGUCACUGUGCGUAUAUUUUGGGACAAGUUGUUGGUGCGGUCAUACUCUCGACAUGCAAUUCGUUAGCGCAGCAAUCACAUAUACGACGUUUCUCAGCACGUCUGCUGCUUAUUUGGCGAAUUCACGCUGGGGGGCUCAAGAUCGCCUAAUAAAUACCCGAAAGUCUACCAC